UGAACCCCACCACGAGUGUAACAAUCAUCCCGACAAUGAUCACAACGAUACCCACACUUUCAGGUAAAUCUCUGACCGAAUGCACACCGAAUAAAUGACUGGGUAUCCAUCAAUACGCUAAGAUGGAACUGACAUUUGUAUUCCUUGUCCUUCAGGAGUGAAUGCCUCACACAAUGACCAGGUCUGCAGCACAUGGGGUAACUACCAUUUCAAGACCUUCGACGGGGACUUUUUCCAGCUCCCCUCCACCUGCAACCAUGUUGUGACCUCACUGUGUAAGAGCAGCUAUGAAGCUUUCAACAUCCAGAUGAGGCGGCAGGUGGUGGACAACCAGCCCACCAUUAGCAAGAUCACCAUGAAGCUGGAUGGUGUAGUGGUGGAGCUUUCCAAGGGUGGUGUUGUGGUCAAUGGGCAGACGGUGACCCUGCCGUUCAGCUUGUCUGGAGUCAGCAUCGUGAAGACUACAUCCAAUGUGAAGGUCGUAGCCAAACUGGGGCUGGUUGCUGUUUGGAACAAGGAUGACUCCCUAAUGAUUGAAAUGAACGAGAAGUACAGAAACCAGACCUGCGGACUGUGUGGUGACUUCAAUGAAGUCCAAACAUACAACGAGUUCAUCAUCAAUGGUGGGGAACUCUCUAGCUCUGACUAUGGAAACCUCUGGAAACUGGAUGGCCCUCUGGAAGUCUGUGAGGAGCCUACACUAACUUCUGUGGAGAGUUGUGGAGAUGAGGAAUUCUGUCAGCAGCUGUUCUCCAGUGCAGCUUUCAGUAGCUGCACUAAUUAUUUGGAUAUGGACGCCUUCAUCAAGACCUGCCUUGCAGACCUGUGCCACUGUGAUAACAGCACCAACUCCUUCUGCCUGUGCAACACCAUCUCAGAGUACUCCCGUCAGUGUGUUCAUGCAGGGGGGAAGCCCCAGCAAUGGAGGACUGAACAGUUCUGCUAUAAGAUAUGCCCCUACAACAUGGAGCACCAGGAGUGUGGAAGUCCCUGUGUUGACACCUGCUCCAACCCAGAGGCCAGCCAGUUGUGUGAAGACCACUGUACAGACGGCACCUGUGCUGGUGGUCAGUGGGCCUGUACUGACAAGGACUGUCCUGGGACCUGCUCUGUGGAGGGAGGAUCCCACAUCAACACCUAUGAUGGGAAAGCCUACACCUUCCAUGGGGACUGCUCUUACAUUCUGACCAAGAAAUGCAAUGGAUCUGAAUUCACCGUGCUGGGAGACAUUGUGAAGUGUGGGUUGACUGACACUGAGACGUGUAUGAGGGCUGUUACCCUUGCCCUCUCCAGCAGAUCCACCCUGAAGUGA